CUACUUUGCGCCCUUCAAGGGCUUCUACUUCUCGGGGGAUGGCUGCCGCAGGGACGAGGACGGCUACUACUGGCUGACGGGGCGUGGGACGAUGUGAUCAACGUGAGUGGGCACCGCAUCGGCACAGCUGAGGUGGAGUCGGCACUCGUGGCGCACCCGGCGUGCGCGGAGGCGGCGGUGGUGGGGUUCGACCACGAGAUCAAGGGCAGGGCAUCUACGCGUACGUGACGCUGGUGUCGGGCGUCGAUUACGCCGAUGACCUGCGCCUGGAGCUCGUCAGGGCCGUGCGCUCGCAGAUCGGCGCCUUCGCGGCGCCGGACCACAUCCACUGGGCGCCGCACCUGCCCAAGACGCGCAGCGGCAAGAUCAUGCGGCGCAUCCUGCGCAAGAUUGCGGCGCGGCAGGAGGACGAGCUGGGCGACAUGAGCACGCUGGCGGACCCGUCGGUGGUGCAGCUGCUGCUGGAGCUGCGCGACUCAGACGACUGCAGCACGUGCUGUGUUCGUGCCGCCCGUGGCAAGCGAGGAGGCGCGCGCGCAGGAGGCAGCGGCAGCCAAGGUGAACCUGGAGGUGGUGCACGACCACCUGCUGGAGGAUGAUGAGUGGCACGAGAGCAGUGGGACGGCGAAUGGGGGCGUGAGGGAACAGAAUGGAGCACUAAAGCAGUAGGUGGAUAAUUACUGUAGGGGGGUUGUGUGGUGCUUGUUCUUGGUUGGUCAGUUAGCCAUACUAGAGCAUGCCUUAGGUUUGUGACUAAAGCUGUUUUUAGCACAAGCAUGUGAAGCUCCUACAACCAGGACAACCUCAUCCAAUACAAUCUGGGCCCUUGGUGUCAACUUAUACAUCUGCUUAUAUGUAUAAGUAAGUAUAGGUUAGAUGGGUUUGUGUUAGAGGGUACAACUUCAACCCUAAAUGUUGCUUACGAGGGAGAGGGAGCUGACGCCCCAGAACAGCAGCAGCAGCAGCAACAGGAGCAGCAGCAGCAGCAGCAGGAGCAGCAGCAGCAGCAGUAGCAGCCCCCGCGGCAGCAGCAGCAGUAGCAGCAGCAGCCGAGGGGACCCCCGCCGCCGUGGUGGCCCGGCGGCUUUGGUGGUGGUGGCCGCAGUGGCGGCCCUCGCAGCUCGACGUCAGGUGGCGCUCUAGCUCUGUGAUUUGCUGGUACCAGCUCCAU